AAAGAACUGACAACUCUGAACCACAAACACACACACACAAACAGUUAUUUGACUCAGCUUCAGAGGAAAUCUACAGGAGACAUAACGUCAGAAUGCCUCAUCCUGUUGGUGAAUUUAGUGCUAUCCUCUCCUGGUGAUAACUGCAGAUUGUUUGACUUACUCGCUGUCUCCUCUUCCAACAUGGACUUUGUCUUGGUUUACCCACUGAUACUUGCCUUCUUUUCCGGUGGACACAGUUACACUAAGGUGACAGAACAAACCAGUAAUUCAUGUUAUAAAUCUUGCCCAGCUGGAUAUCAUAAAACUGGUAACUGUGAUAACCAAGAUGGAAAAUACAAAUGUAAAGAAUGUGAGAAUAACACAUUCAUAGAUAUGGAAAACAAAAUAGAGAAAUGCUUCAGGUGUGACGUAUGUAAUCGUAAUGAGGUAAUAAUAAAGCCCUGCUCCAUCACUAGUAAUACGAAAUGUGAUUGUAUACCAGGAUACUACAAUGCACACCGUGGCCAAUCGUCAAGGUUCUGCAUGAAAUGCCCAUGCCAAAAUUGUCAAGAUAGUGGGGACUCUAAAAAGAAGUGCCAGCCCUGCCAAAGGACGGAGUGUCUGAGUAACUCGGACUGCAAGAGGAAAUGUACACCAACUACAGUUUCACCUGCAACACCUACAACUACAUCAACUACACAUGUGACCACUCGUUCAAACAAUGCAUCGGAUAUUGUUGUGAUUACACUUCCACCUAACACAUCGAACCAUUGGCUCUGGACGUUUCUUGUGGUGGUUAUGGUGAUAUUUGUGGUGCUCUUUUGGUUCGUGCUGCUCUUCAUCUGGACACAGCGAAACAGCUGUCCCUACUGGAGCACAAAUAAAGGCGUGAAGCCACAUGCCAAGGACCCCAAACUCAAAGAACAUCGCAGUCAUCAAGACAGCAGCCCGACCACGCUGACAAUUAACAUAUCUGAGGAAACUCCCAUGGUGCAUCUCAAUUACAGUCCAGCCACACCACAACAUCCAGCCGACAUCAGUCCUAUGCUGCCGAACGCUGUACACAAAGUUGCCAAACAAGAUGAGCAAUCAGAGCAUUGGCCGGCCAUUGUCCUCUAUGCGAUUAUCAAGGAGGUGCCCUUGCGUAGAUGGAAGGAGUUCUUGCGUCUGCUCUCAGUGGCUGAUCAGCAGUUGGAGCGGGUGGAGCUGGAAGCUGGUUUGGGACUGGGCUCCAUAGAGAGGCAGUACCAGAUGCUGAGGCUGUGGAGCCAGUGCUCCUCUGCGAGUUUGGAUGAUGUCUUCUCGGCCUUGCACUACAUGGAUUUAUCUGGCUGUGCCCAGCUGCUGCAGGAGAGCCUGGAGAAGCUGCAGUGGAGGCCUCAGGAGAAGCAAGGUUUCACAGCCUGCAGAGAUUUCAGUGCGUCAACGCAGAACACCUGAGGCUGCACUGGGAGGCAUAAAUAUCAUGCUAUUAGACAAUGCAAGACAUCAGUGCCUCAAGCCUGGACACCAGUGCAUAAGACUAGAAACUUCAAGUUCCUUGAAAGGACAUUACUAACUGUAGCUACUACAUGGUACAAGCACAGAAAACUGAAAUGUAAUGAAAGUUCCAUAUUGAGUAAUUUAAAUGUACUGUAUAUUACAAUCUAACUAAGAGUUAAAUGGCAUUAUGGAGCACUGUGAAGAUCCUGAGAGGUCCAACUGCAAUUGGAGUAUUUCCUCUUUUCCCACGGAUAACAUCAGAUAAGUGUUAAAUAUGUUUUCCCUCAUAGAAUAAAACACAACUCUUUAUUGAAUUGAGAUUCAUUUUACAUGCAGAUUGACACUUAAAAUGUAGUAUGUAUAUAAAAAUAAUGUAUUUGUUGCAGUGCAGUCAACUGCAGAACUGGAGCUUGGAUCAUCAAAUAGCUUCCUCAAAGGCAUGUGACAACAACAGUAGCAUUUUGAAGAAAGGCAUUGUGCCUAUGAAUAAUCAGGCAGGACUCUAGUAAUCUAUAGGUAGAGGAAAUGAAUGAGAUAUAUAUGAGCUAUACUGUCAAAACUACUAAUACUGUCAGACACCACUUAACCUUCAGCUUCUUGUGUGGCAUCUCUUAAAGGCCAAGAGUGGAUGGCUGUGAUUUUAGAGUAUACCGCUUGAAUGUUAAUAUAUGUAACUCUGUAACUGUAUAUGAAAGAUUACCAGGGUCCUGAAAAUGAAGAAAAACGUCCUUGUUUGAAUUGUGCUAGUGACAUUAUUUUUACCUCUAGAAAUGGUGCUCUUUUUUUUAUAUUUUUUAACUAGUCAAAGCGAGGACUAUUGUUAAGUUUGAGUAUUUAAGCGUGUGAACAUUUCAGUGAACGUCUAUGAUGUUUAAGCAGCACUGCUACAGAUUAUUAUUAUAUACAGAUUAACGUCUCCUUCAUCUCAUUUGACAUGAAGGUCUGGCAUAACAACUCAGCCACUGAUUCUUGUUCUGCAGAAAACUGACAUUUUCUUUUCAAAAUCUUUUCAGUUUCCUGCAAAUAAAUGCUGACAAGGUGCCAUAGGCAGGGUUUUUCCUCACCACAUAUAUUCCAUCCAAAUUGAUGGUUUCCUCCUGUGAUGUUAUUGUAUCUCACUCUGAGAAUCUUUGUGUCAGUUCAGUUACUGACAGUAAAGAAGUUGGACUUUCCAGUAAUGGAGUUUAUUAAUGAAUGUUUUAAUAUGAAUCUAGGUCAGCGGUUUUUGGCUUUAGGCUUUGAGGCAUAUGUGUGUGUAUAUAUUUUACAAUUAUUUUUCAUUUUCUGAAACUACUUAUGGAUGCUUGAGUAUUUUGUUACUAAACUGCCAGGUUUGAGUUUUAUCCUCACAGGAGUCAUCUAUGGCACAAAUGUAUGGUAACCUGGAACUGUAUGAGCCUGAGUCAAAGUAUCAUUGUACAGUAUGUCAUGAAUAAAAUUCUUGGCCACAAGA